AUGUCAAGGAUCAAAGUCAAGUGGAACAAGCAAGAGUUCGCUGUCGAUGUCGACCUCAACGAACAAGUUUCCCUACUCAAGAGCCAGCUACUUUCCCUCUCCGGUGUUCUCCCAGAAAAACAAAAACUUAUGCUGAAAGGGAAAGUCCUGCAGGAUUCCCAGAUUCUCAGUCAAGCGGGAAUCAAAGAAAACAUCACCAUCAUGAUGAUGGGCACCGCCACUGAGUUCGUCGAGCCCAAAGAAGAAAUAAAGUUCAUGGAAGACCUCACGCCUCAAGAAAAAGCCCUUGCUUACAAACAGUCAGAAGGCGUCCCUAUCCCAGCUGGUCUAGUCAAUCUUGGGAACACCUGCUAUAUGAACAGUACCCUGCAGUGCUUGCGCAGAGUUCCUGAGCUGUCCCAAGCCUUAGGCAACUACAGCUUGACUAAUCCUAAUGACUUGACCCAGAAAUUGACCCACGAGCUUAAAGAACUCUUCAAAAAUAUUGAGCUUGUAGGGACGGCAUUUACCCCAUUUACCUUUGUCCACACCCUAAGGACGACUUUUCCACUGUUUGACGAAACAGACGAAGAAGGAAGACAUAAGCAGCAGGACGCUGAAGAGUGCUUGACUAAUGUGCUAGAAACAGCAAGGACGCAGCUGAAUAUGCCGAAUGCGACAGGGUGGAGCGGAAAUGUGAUUGAAGAUCUGUUUGGGAUUGAAUUUCAAACGACUAUUAAAUGUGAAGAAAGCCCUGAGGAGCCACCACAGAUGAUGGUAGAAUAUUCUACCUUCCCUUCAUCAGCGUAAAAACAUUUUGCUCCAUUACAGAGGAUUAAAAUUUUUAAAAAACAUUAUAUAUAAAAUUUUAUAGUAAAUUAUUUUUUUUAAAAUUUGUAAAAAUGAGAACUUUUAAAAUUAAACAGAAUUAGAUAAAGAUUUCCUUAUAAUGAUUAUCACUUGAUAUCAAAAUAUUUUUUUAAAAAAAAUUGUUUGCUCGGAGGUGGUUUUGGGAAAAAUAGGGAUUUUCCAAUGGUUUUGUUCGCUCACAGAGCAGGGAGUAAGAAGCUUAUGUGUAUUAUUGAUAAUGAAGGACAGCCAGUAGAUCAUCUGCCAGAUGGUAUUAGAGCAGGACUGGAAGGGUUCAUUGAAAAACAGUCAGAAUCGUUAGGGAGGAAUGCACAGUACAAAAAGACCCAAAGGAUAAAUAGGCUGCCAGGCUACCUUGUGGUCCAGUUUGUAAGAUUUAUUUGGAAGCGGGCUUCAUCUGUAGCUGGGACCAAAGACGUGAAGGCAAAAAUUCUCCGCUCAGUGACUUUCCCUAAGGUCCUUGAUACCUACGAAUUUUGCAGUGACGAGCUUAAAAACAGUCUUAAUAUCGGUAGAGACAUGGAAGCCCAGGUAAGAGAAAGAGAACUAGAAGAAAGCAAAGAAAAGCCAAAAGAGCACAAAAGCGGCACUGCAGAGUUCGGAACAGGCUUAGACACUGGACAUUAUCAACUAGUUGGCGUUGUAACACACAAAGGCCGAUCUGCAGAUUCAGGACAUUAUGUAGGCUGGGCAUAUGUAAAAGACGACAUAUGGAUGAAAUAUGACGACGAUUUUGUGACCCAAGUGACGACUGAAGACAUCCUUAACUUAAGAGGGGGAGGAGACUGGCAUAUGGCAUACUUAUUGCUCUAUAGAAAAAUGCAAUUCAUGCCUCAAGAAUAA